AACAUAUUACGGUAUGCUGCGUGUUUGUGCUCUUCAUUACGGUAUUCGGUCCAGGGAAAUAAAGCCGCACAAAGAAGCGAGGAGUAGUGUAGUUGGCUCUCGGAUGGAUACAUGGUGAUCCUUCCUCCAUCGACAGGCCAGAAGCUAAACAAAACCGGCUUUUCGUCUCGGUGUAAAUGUAUCUCCGUUGAUAAGUAUGACGGAAAUGUUUUCAACUCUGUUUGGGCAAAAUGAAGCUCAGGGACCUCCCGGGUCGUCGUCUUUGGGUUUCGGACCGGGUAAACCUCCGCCACCUAUGCCGCAAAAUCAAGUGCCAAUGGCGGGGCAGAUGACACCACAGCUCGGGGAUGACGGGCCUACUCUGCGAAAGACGGGAGCCAUGAAUGAACCCUUUUACUUGCUGCGAGAGCUUCCUGUUGGAAAUGAACUGACGGGAAACACUAACCUCAUCACGCACUACAACUUGGAGCAUGCCUACAACAAAUUCUGUGGGAAGAAAGUGAAAGAGAAGCUCAGCAACUUUCUGCCAGAAUUACCAGGUAUGAUCGACUCUCCAGGCACUCAGGACGGCAGCUCUCUGCGCUCUCUGAUAGACAAGCCUCCAGUGUGUGGAAAUUCCUUCAGCCCACUGACUGGCACUAUGCUCACAGGCUUCAGACUACACACAGGACCGCUCCCAGAACAGUACAGACUGAUGCACAUACAACCUCCAAAGAAGAAGAGCAAACACAAGCACAAGCAUCAUCGGCCGCAAGAUCCAUUACCCCAAGAAACUCCAUCAGACACUGAUCCCAAGAAGAAGAAGAAAAAGAGGGAUGACGAUCCUGACCGUAAGAAAAAGAAGAAAGACAAGAAAAAGAAGAAGAACCGCCACAGUCCUGAUCACCCCGGUCUCGCUGGAUCACAACCAAACAGCAACAGCCUCAGAUAGACAAGAGCUCACUGUGUGCAUGUCUGAUUGUUUUUGUAAGAGGAAGUGUGUUUUGCAGGUGAAUGUAUUAAUAAAAGGAUGUUUAAAGAGAGAACUAGCUGUAUGAUCGUGUGUGUGUGAAAGUGAAUGAGCAGCAACACAGGGGAAGGGAAUGAUGGAGAUGUUGCAGAGUAAACAAAAAUGUGGAUGAACUGUGUUUGAGAGGUUACUGUACAUAUUUUCUUUAACUUUGUUGUAACACCUUUCACCAUAUGGCCAAAAUUAAAUAAACUAUUAUUUUUGUUUGCA